AAGCACACACGCGUCAGCGAUGCCUCAGACCACACCAGAGCUGAAAGACUAGUUCUCCCAUCAGGGAUUUGUUCCUUCCCAGUCAUGGAUUCAAGGGUAUAUAUUUCUGUUCCUAAGCGGUACAUGGAGAGGCUGAAUGAAAUGGGUGAAUGGGAUCAUGGGCUAUUCAUUACGAGGGUGAACCCCUAUGUAAGCAAAGACGCCUUGGAGUCCUACUUUGAGAAGUGGGGGACAGUGAUAUUCUGUGACAUGAAAACAGAGUGGAACGCAGACUUCCCCAGGGGUCUUGGCUAUGUGUGCUUCCAGACUGAGGAGGAGGCGGAUGCGGCCGAGGCAGCUGGACCUCAUCAGCUGGCCGGCAUGGACACUGUUGUCAGGAGGGUCGUCAGCCCAAAGAAGGACGAUGUGCCCAAGUACCACAGGAGAAGGAGUGGCAUGGCGUAUCGACUGGCUAGUAGCAGCUGGCUAGACAGUGAUUAAGGACACACUGUCACCAUCUAGUCCAAGGAGAAUCCCAACAUCUGUUUUUUUUUCUUUACAAAAUACUUUGGGGAUACACAAUAUAAUGUGAAAAACAAUAUAGGCCUAAUGUGAACAGCAAUUUUUGCAUACCUCUUACUGCUCAGAGGAGACGAUUCUACAGUAUUGAGUCUUUCAGUGACACAGUCAUCUUCUAGUGUUCAGCAGGGA